CUUGCAACAUUGUUCGCACACUUGUCGACUUCCAGGAAAAGGACGAAGCAAAAUGGAUCCGUUUGAGCUAAAUAUGAAUAAAGCAUUUCAAAAAUUGGCUGUGGAUAUUAUUCCAGCUGAUAAAUAUUUGAAGGAUGCGAAUGAGUGCGCAAACAAUAUCAUGAAAUUGCUUCAAGCAAAAAGUAGAUUUGACAUUGGUCAUGUUCAAAUUGCCGGCAGUACCGGAAAGAAAACCACAAUCAUGAGUUCGGAUAUGGACUGCGUUUUGUUCAUAAAUGGCGACGAGCUGCCUCCGUUCAAACAUGUUUUGGACGAUUUUGAUAACAUUCUGACAAUGACCAAUUCGUAUCAAAUAAGAGAUGUGCGUACAACCAAAUACUCGAUCCAGUUCAAAGCCAAGAAUUUCGAUUUUGAUAUUCUGCCAGCGGUUAAUUUUACGGAAGGUCUCCGUGGUGAUGGUGAUAGAUUGAUCGACAUACAACAACAAAAAGUGUUGGAGCUAAUUAGAAGAGACCCAAAAAAGAACGGAUAUAUGUAUUCCAGUUCGUUGGCGGAUGCUGCAACACGUUGGAUGAAGCGACAAGAUGGAUUUGUCAACGAAAUGGUACGCAUCGCAAAGUUUUGGUAUAAAACCUUGUAUUUCACUGAAUAUGUAUCGGGUGCAAAAAGUUGCAUCGAAUUGGUAGCUGUACAUGCGGCUAUCAAAGAACAAAAUAUGGAUCGAAAAUCCUAUUUAAGAUCUUUCAAACGUUUCAUCGAAUAUUUGCGUAAUUUCAGCAAUUUGAACAUUCAUUUCGAAAAGAAUGAAUUUGAUGUUUUCGAUAAUAGUCGGCCACGUGUGGUUGAUCCUGUGAAUCCAUAUAAUAAUUUGGCGAAAAAUUGGGAUUGGAAAUCGAUUCAAUUGGUAUCAGCUUAUGCAAAUGAAACCGACCGACGUUUGCAGUGGCUUGCAAAUGUACGAGCCAUACGUUUGGAUCAACUGUUUGAAUCACAACCUUCGUAUCGUCCAGAUAUUGGCGAAAUAUUUAAAUCGAAAGAUUGGUUGGUUAGCACUAUAAACUAUUCCUUGUUGCCUGAUUUAAAGAUUCGAAAUGAAAUUUUUCACAAAGAUUCUAAGCUUCGAUAUGGCUUGGAUAUCAUUAAGAAUUACUUCCAAAUCGCGAUAAUUACAUCAAAUGCAUCAUCACCAAACUGUGAUGAAAAUCAAAUUCUGACAUCUGUUGAAAGUACGAUUUCAAAACAAAUACACAAUUCUGAAAUGGCAUGGAAAGUUCCUGAGAACGAAAACCACGAAGACUACGAUGUGUCGUUCACUAUGCCGGUUUCAGACAAAAGAGCAAUUCGUAUCAGUUAUAGUUUAUAAAUCUUUUACUACAUUUUUACCUAUUUUUCUUACAUAUUUGAUAUAUAUUACUUUAAAAUAGUAUUUUUUAUAAACAUAUAUUAAUAAGUAUGCGUAAAUGUCAAAUGUCAAUGUAAUUGAUUUAAAUAAACCGACCAAAGAAAUAAUAUUUUAA